CUCAAGCUGGAAACUCGAGUGCGGUGGAGUGGAGAAGGAGAAGGAAUGGCGCAGUUCUGGAAACCGGGGACGGAGAAGCCUCGCCUUGUGGACGAUGAAGAAGGUGGCGUUCUCUUCUUCUCUGGUGGCUUCUCGUCCUCUUCUUCCUCUUCUGGUUAUGGAUACGCGAGCAUCGAGAAGCAGAGGCAGCGUUUACCUGUUUACAAGUACCGCACUGCGAUUCUCUACCUUGUCGAGACUCACGCCACCACCAUCAUUGUCGGCGAGACCGGCAGUGGCAAAACCACUCAAAUCCCUCAGUUCCUCAAGGAGGCUGGCUGGGCUUCCGGUGGCCGACUCAUUGCUUGCACCCAGCCGAGACGACUAGCUGUUCAGGCGGUUGCUGCCAGGGUUGCCGAAGAAAUGGGAGUUAAACUUGGUGAGGAAGUUGGUUACACCAUUAGGUUUGAAGAUGUUACAAAGCCAGAUGUAACAGUACUCAAAUUUUUGACGGAUGGUGUCCUCUUGAGGGAGAUGAUGGAUGAUCCUCUUUUGACCAAAUAUAGUGUUAUAAUGGUAGAUGAAGCUCAUGAAAGGUCCAUCUCAACUGAUAUUUUACUUGGACUGUUGAAAAAGGUUCAAAAACGUCGACCGGAGUUGCGAUUGAUUAUCUCAUCUGCUACAAUUGAAGCAAAGGCGAUGUCUGACUUCUUCGGGAAGAGGAAAAAGCGCCGGGAACUUGAAAAUGAGGAGAAUGGAAUACAAUUGGAACCUGCAAUUUUAUCAGUUGAGGGUAGAGGCUUCAAUGUACAAAUUAAUUAUGUUGAGGAACCUGUCCAAGACUAUGUUCAGGCUGCCGUUUCAACAGUACUGUUGAUUCAUGAGAGGGAGCCUCCGGGAGAUAUUCUAGUUUUCCUUACUGGUCAAGAUGAUAUUGAUGCUGCUGUUCAGUUGAUUGCUGAUGAAGUUCAAACCAGCAAGAAACAUUCUCCAGGAUUGGUUGUUUUGCCUCUUUAUUCUGGACUUCCACGAGCUGAACAGGAGUUAGUGUUUUCUCCAACUCCUAGAGGAAAGAGGAAAGUAAUAAUUUCUACCAAUAUAGCAGAAACAUCCCUUACAUUGGAGGGUAUUGUCUAUGUUGUUGACAGCGGAUUUUCAAAACAAAAGUUCUACAAUCCGAUUACUGAUGUUGAAAAUCUGGUUGUGGCACCAAUAUCUAAGGCUUCUGCUAAACAGAGAGCUGGUAGGGCUGGACGAGUUCGACCAGGAAAAUGUUACAGGUUAUAUGCAGAAGAAUAUUUUCUUAAUCACAUGUCUAAUGAGGCAAUUCCAGAGAUACAGAGAUCAAAUCUUGUCUCCUGUAUAAUCCAUUUGAAGGCCUUGGGGAUUGAUAAUAUCUUAGGCUUUGAUUGGCCUGCAUCUCCAUCUCCUGAAGCAAUGAUCCGGGCACUAGAAGUUCUCUACUCACUUGGGGUCUUGGACGAUGAUGCGAAGCUUACUUCACCUACCGGAUUUCAAGUUGCAGAGAUUCCACUUGACCCAAUGAUCUCAAAAAUGAUAAUAGCUUCCAACCAAUUUGGAUGUUCAGAGGAAAUAAUCACGGUUGCUGCUGUUCUUUCCAUCCAAUCCAUCUGGAUCUCGGGACGAGGGAUACAAAAGGAAUCAGAUGAAGCAAAAUUGAGAUUUGGUGACCAUGUGACGUUCCUUAAUGUAUACAAGGGGUUUCUUCAGUCUGGUAAAUCUUCCCAGUGGUGUCACAAGAACUACGUGAACUACCAUGCAAUGAGAAAGGUUCUUGAAGUUAGAGAACAACUCAAACGAAUUGCACAGAGAAUUGGCAUAGUCUUAAAGUCUUGCGAGAGUGAUAUGCAGGUGGUUCGGAAGGCAGUUACUGCAGGAUUCUUCGCUAAUACAUGCCGUUUAGAGGAAUACAGCCAUAAUGGGAUGUACAAGACGAUAAGAGGAUCGCAAGAAGUUUAUAUUCACCCUUCAUCAGUGCUAUUCAGAGUAAAUCCGAAGUGGAUUAUUUACAAUUCUCUUGUAUCAACUGAUAGACAGUACAUGCGUAACGUCAUAUCCAUAGAUCCUUCAUGGCUCUUGGAGGCUGCUCCACACUUCUACCUGCUACAACAAUCUAAUCCUCUUCACUAAUUGCCUUGGCCUUAAUUAUUGGAAGAAUCUGAGACAAAAGGGAAAUGUUUUGCUAAGAUAUCAUGUCUCUGGUUCAAGUAGGACAGGUUAAAGGUAGAAACCCCUUUGGAUGUCAUUUAAGGUUUAUUGUUAAUCCUUCAAGCUCCGCAGUCCUAAUAGCCAGGUUACGGUUUCAACCAUUAACGCUCUAUAGAUUUUGUAAAUUGUAUUCAAGAAUAACGAAAGAGAAGAUUGGUUCUUGCUCAUUUUUGAGAAAGUGCCAUUUGAAGUUAUAUAUACUUAUAUAGAGAGAAUUAGAUAAA